AGGCGAAUUCCAACGCCACCACAGCACGCCCCGGCGUUCUUCCCCGGCGGUCUUCCUCACAGAUCUCCUGUUGUGCAGCUUGGCGGGCAGACCCUCACCGUUGCCCAAGUCGUCGCCAUUGCCUCCGGCGCCGGCGCCACCGCCGUGGAGCUGUCGGAGGAGGCCCGACCGAGGGUGAAGGCCAGCAGCGAUUGGGUCAUGGAGAGUAUGGAAAAGGGGACGGAUAGUUAUGACGUCACAACUGGGUUUGGAGCCACUUCGCACAGGAGGACCAAACAGGGCGGCGCACUUCAGAGGGAACUCAUUAGGUAA